AUGACUGCGGGGCUGCCCUCGGGGGCUCUGAGACCGCCCGUGGCUGUCGGGCCCUUGCUGGAUGAUGGCCCGGAGGAGACCACCUUUCAGGCCUCUCCCAACAAGAGCUUCCGCAGCGGGGGCUGGAGCUUUCCGCCGGUGGGAGGCGACGAUGUGCGCUGGGACCGCUGGGACCCGGAGCCGACGGGGCUGGUGCCGACGGGGCCGACGGGCGAGCGGGAGUCCUUCUCGCGGAGCUUCGCGGAGCGAGACCUUGACACCCGCAGACCUUGGCGGGGCUGGGCGAUCGACGAAGGAAACGAGGACUGGCGGGAGGCGCCGGCGGCCCGCGAGCCGCUGCCGGCAAGGGAGACCUUCCCGGCUGUGUCAGCGCUGGCGCCGCCCUCGCCCGCGAGGGCACAGGCCAGCUCCCCAGUGCCCGUGACCAGGGCACCGGAGCGCGAGAUCCUGCGCCCUGCGAGAUCUGUUGCCCCGGUGGUGCUGCCUGCGGCGGCGGUCCCGCGGCCGGUGCCGGUGCCUAUGCCGCUGUCGGCGACGCCGCAGACGCCGCACGUGUUGCAGGCGCCGUCCGCGUGCCCCUUUUGCGGCAACGUCUACGCCGCUGACUCGGUCUUCUGCCGGCGCUGCGGGCAGCGGCGAUCCGCUCCGACCCGCGCGCCUGCGGUCGCGCCCGCUGCGAUGAUCGCGCCGGGCCGCUCGCUGGCCCUGGCGGAGCAAUUCGCAGGGGCGGCGCCGCCGAAUCUGCGGGCGGCGCAGGUGGCGUACCCGGCGCGGCAGGUGGACGUCCAGGCGCUUUCCAGCGCUUUGGCGCCGUUGGCAGCGGCGAAUCUCCCGCACCGGGCGCGGAUGAGUCCGCUGAUCGAGAGCGGGGACCUGGUGAGGCGCACCUUGGAGGUGUACCGGAUCUGCGACCGUGACGCCUCCGGGCACCUGCAGUGGUCCAACGGGGAGAUCCAGGACUUCAUGUUUCUGGUCUUCCAGCAGCAAGGCUUAUCCCCGCCCAGCCCCAACGACAUGUACCAGCUUUUCCGGAAGUUCGACGAGGAGAUGGCAACAAUGUCCUGGACGCCAGGGAGUGUCUUUGCAUGGUGGACGCACUCUUCCGGGCCAUGUUCUUCGAGGAGAGCCUUAUGGCGCUUUGACGCCGCCCAGGCCGCUGGCCGCGUUGCCCUCCGCGCUGUCGGCGCCCUCCACGCGGGCCGUCAGCUUCCCGCGCACCGCCACGGACUACUGGGACUCCCCUCGGGCGCAGGACCUCUACGCGCCAGCAGUCCUGGUGCCGCUGGACCGCCAGCCGUCGCCGGUUCCGGUGAGAUCUGCGGCGCGGGCUUAUCAGCCGCACGCGCCUGCGGCCCCUUCUGCGGCACGGCACUCCUUGCGCCCGCAGACGAUGCCGCCGGCGCCGCUGCCGGCUCCGUCCACGGUGAUGCCGCAGCCGCCGCAAUCUAUGCCGCUCCUGCCGGAAGAGGAUGA